AGACAAUGCUGGGAAGGCGGAGGGGAGGGGAGUAGGCUUCGGCAACCGCCAAUCAGUGAUGCGCCGCAGAUGGCGGGGAGCUGAGGUCAGUUCCGUCGUUGCUCAGCGCUGCUGGCGAGCGACCAAAGCAAAGCAGCGCCGCGCCCAAAAAGGCAGGAGUGGCGGGUGCGCUUCUUCGCCGGGCGCCUUAUCUUGUGCCUGAGCAGCUUUAUGGUGAACAGCAUACAUGAAUGGCUACGGCAUCUAUAACAGGUGAAUUGGUACAAGAUCAGUUUUUGAAAUGCAGCUGAAGAAAAUGAGAGGAAUGUUACCAAUGUUAAAUGCCAGUGAAGUGAACAAAGGACAUAUCUUAUUGAUGUCAGCAAAGAAAACAAGUGUUGAUAAAGCUAAUUCAAUAAAAGCAAAUGAUGAAAACUGCAAUUUUGUACAUCAAAAAACUGAGGAAACUGAGUUGUAUCAGAUAAAUUGUAUUAAAUGUAGAUGUGUGGAAGAGACAUUGGCACUAGAGUUGCAAAAACAGAAAUUCCAAAAGGGUGAAGUUGACCAGUUUGUCUGUAGCAAGUGCACACUGAGUGCGCCAUCAGUUCUCAAUUUUGGGAUUUAUCCUGCAGUUGCCUGUGACACUGAAAACAAAGAGAAAAUGUCACUGAGUAAGACUCUAAGAACUUUCAAAGUAAAAAACUUGCAGCCAGACAAAUAUUAUUGUGACAAAUGUCGAUUUUGCACGAAGGAUUUUCUACAAUAUAAGAAACAUGUAGCCCAUCAUGAAAAGAUCAAGUUUAUUUGUUCCCAGUGUAACUGGGUAUCUUACACCAAAGGGGAAUUCCAACGGCAUAGAGUAAAGCAUACUGGAAGAUUUCCAUACCAGUGUAAAUACUGUAAAUAUGGUGCUGUUAGGCAUGAUUAUAUUGUCAAACAUACAAAAAGAUUACAUGCAUCAGAUUCUGGUAAGCAAGUAAUGCUUUCAAUUGCAAAAGUUGAACGAAAAAAUUGUUCACCAAAACAACAUUGGGAGUGGAGGGAACAUGCCAAGGAAGAGCCUCUGCAAAAUAAAUCUUCAAGUUUAUCUCUAAGUAUGAUUUAUGGAAUUAAAGAUGAAAUACCUGAAAUUGAUUCAACAUCAGAUGAUGCAGAAUGUAGUCAAAGCACAGCAUGCAUCCAAGAUGAAUACGUAUAUAAACUAUCUGAUGUCACAUUCCACAAAAAUGAAAAUACAGUAAUUGAAGUAGAAGUCUGUUCUCCAGAAAAAGGUCGUAUAAUGCCUGGAAUGCCAUUAACAGUGGUUGCACCAGCCAAAUUUUGUGUUCCAUCUAAUUGCUUGGCAGAAAUAGUUGAAAUUAAAAAAGUCAGUGGUACACAGCAGUUGAUUCUUAAAUUCAUCCCUCUGGAAGAAACCACCCCCGAACUUAUGAAGUGUAAAGACAUAGAAUCUGGAAAUCAGUGCGCAGAACAAGAAGAAAAAACAAUAAAUGGAUGUAUGCCACUAACUCUUGAGUCUUGUGCAUUAGAAAAUGAAAACAACAAGAAGACUGAAAGUCCAGGCUCCUCUAGUUCUGCUACUUUGAACUGCAACUUGAUAAAUACACAGGAGAAAAGUGGUAUUUGUAAAGAAAACACACACAAAGAAUAUGAUCAUAUAAAACCUUUAGCAGAGAUUUCUUUUGAUCAAACAAAUUGUCCAGAACCCUUUCAAAAGGGAGAAUGUUCACAAAAUAAAUAUACAAAUUAUGAUUUGGAUCCUUCUAUAAGUUUAACUUCUACUCCUUCUGUAGAUAGGAACCCAUCCCAGAAUUGUUUGUUGGAUGCUGUUCAGGAAAACAAUAAUUUUUCACCUUCCUCUGUAUUUGAUAAAAUGUGCUUCACUUUAAGUAAUGGCAAAAGAGAACAUUGGGAUGAGUUUACAGUAGCUGCAAAAACGCAUAUAUUUGAUUCUGAUUUGUUUUACCCUUUCAAAAGCAUUGAAGAGUCACAGCACAAUAAGUUGGUAACUUUGGAGGAUUCAAAGAAUGUCUUGAGUGUGAUAAAUGGAAUUAAUGUAAAAAAGAAGAAGGAUAAUAUCCGUAUAGAAUCUUCAGAAGCACAGAAUAUGAAAGAUGAAGGUGAUUCAUUUGAUGGUCCAGUGAUCUCAUCUGUAUUUUCCCUUAGCUCUGGUGCUGUAAACAUCCCAGAAGGCAUAAAGUGGGACGAUACACUACACAAGAAAAGGACGACAUCAAUGUUGUGUAGAAAGAUUGCCCAGCUGAUGUCUGCUGUUGAAUCAAACAUGAAAUCUCAGUUAACUGCUUCAUUAAGACAUGAUAACAGUCAGGCCUCUAAGAAGAUGUUAUCUCCAGAAAACGAAAGUGAAAAAAAUGGGUUGACUACUGUAUUGGAACAAGAGCUUGUGCCUUGUCCUUGGGGAUCAAAUGAUACCACUUUUUCUAAUAAACAAGAACAACCAUUGCAAACACUUAAAAAGACUAAAACCAGGAUAACUGAUAAAACGAACAUUGCUUCUCCAUCUUUCAUUCCUCAGGGGACUGUACUGAGGGUGCUAAACUGUACUAGUUUUGAGGGCCCAAAUGAAAAACAAAAUGGGAGUGAAAUGUUAGCUCCCCCUUCUCAAUAUUACAACAAAACAUUUAUCCCAAGACCAGUUCCUUGCUAUGCUUCUGCAAAACCAGACAAAGAUCCAUCUUUGCCAACUGAGAAUGAAAUUAAUGAGGUUUCUCAAAAUCAGUGUAUGUCACAUGGGCACAAAACUAAGAGACUGCCUAGCGCAAAGAGUAAUUGCCAGGAAAAUGGUAUGUUGCUGUGCCAGAAAGGCAGUGACCCAAAUAUGGUAAACAAAAGGGCCAUGGAGGGUGAAGAGCCUCAAAGCAAAUGUAAGCGAGCACACGCUGAAAAGAAUUUGCCCAAGGAAAAAACAAGAACUCAAGAGGGUUGCUUCCUUAAAGUAGUACCCACUUUAAUGAGAUGCCUUAGGCUUGUACCAUUUAAAAGCGAUCAGCUGAUAAAGUGCCCUCAUCGUAAUCAACCAGUAGUUGUCUUAAACCACCCUGAUAUUGAUUCACCAGAAGUAAUUAAUAUAAUGAAGGUUAUUAAUAAGUACAAAGGCAAUGUCCUGAAAGCCGUUUUAUCAGAAAGAACUAGUAGUUGUCUUAGUGUGAAACGACAUCCUAAAAGGCUUACUUUUCAGAACUUUGAUAGACCAGAUCAAAUGAAAAAACAAAACCUAUUAAGAAUGAAACUAAAGAAGACCCACAAAGAUAACUACAAGGUGGUGAACUCUUCAGUAGCAGAAGCAUCAAAACAAAUGUUUAAAUGUUGGUUUUGUGGUAGGAUAUAUGUGCACCAAGAAGAAUGGCUAAGCCAUGGGCAAAAGCACUUAAUGGAAGCCACAAGAGGAUGGGACAUUCUUUCUUUCUCAUUAGAAAGUAAAAAGUGAGAAACUGACUAUAGAUUCCAGUAUCUCCUGUUUUACAGAGCAGUCAUGGAAUAACUUUGUAUAUCAGCCCAGUAGGAUCGUGUUGGUGCCUGUGGUACUGUAACUGUGUUUGUUUUAGACCAGCGUAUUAGGCAUAGAAGAAAGACAGGUGGUGGUUCUAAUAUUUUGCUAGUGUUGAUGGUACAAAUGUGAUUGUGUGUCAGUAGAAUGGUGCCAGCACAAAUCUGUGAGAUUGGAAAUAAUCUGAGGUCGAUAAAUAUGCUGCAAGUGAGGAAGCAAAAAGAAUGUUGGCAAUGUGCAGUAGAAAAGAACAGGAAUCACAUGCUGUUAGCAAAAUGGAGUAGUAUUCCACCUAAGAUUGUUGGGCACUGUAGGUGUUUCAGUGUGAAUAUAAUUGAGGGGUGAGCAACCUUUUCAGGGUUGAGGGCCACAUUUCCUUAGAAGAAAGUGGAUGUGGGCCACAUACUAGUGGUGCGCAGGGCCAUUCAGUCAUUUGCUCGCACGCACACAAGUCUUCCCCAUUCAUUCAUUGUCAGUCACUGUGAAAACAGAAUGCUAAACUAGAUAGGCCUUUGAUCUGACCCAGCAGGAAUGUUCAUUUAUCAUUUUCUCCCCCCUUUGGCAGUCCGGAUGAAAUUGAAGGGGCAAUUUUCUAUGCCAUUUUCUUUCACCUCCUCACUUUCAACUUUCUCUGACACCCAGCCCAUCAAGUCUGUCCCUUUGAGCAUUAGCUUUGAUGCUUGAGCAGGAUGCAGUGUGUGGCAUUCUCUAUGGUCAGCUGCCAGGAAGCAAGAAACUGAGGGAUUAGGUGGGCAGAAGUGCUGGAUCAGCUCUGAGGUGAGUUCUGUACUAGCUCAGUUCAAGAGCUCACCCCAGCACCCUCCUUAGCAGAGAAGGGCAAUUGCUGCUACCCCUUUUAAAGUCUACCUUCACUGCAAAGAAGGCUUUUGCAAGAGCAGAUUUACCAGAGUCUGCACUUCACCAUCUAGUUCAGCAUCCUUUUCCCCAUUGUAGACAACCAGAUGCUUCUAGGAAGCCCGUAAGUAGGUCAUGAAGGCAAUGGCCCUCUCCUGUUGUGUCUCACCGAUAGCUGUUGCUGAGAAACAUACUGCCUGUGAAACCUGGAGGCAGCAUACAGCCCUCAUGACUAGUGGCCACUGAUAGAAUUUCCCUCCAUGAAUUAUUCUAAUCUACCUUUAAAGCCAUUUUAGCUUAAUUCCAUACCUUAAAUAUGUGUGAAGUACUCUUGUUUGUUCUGAAUCUCCUAUCAGUCAUUUCAUCAGAUGAUCCCAAGAUCUAGUAUUUUAUGAGCAAAGGAGAAAAACUUUUAUCUACUUCACAUGAUGCAUAAUUUUAUUGAUCUCUGUCAUACCUCCCCCCCCGGCCCUGUUGCCUUUUUUUCUAAAUUAAGAAGUGCCAGUUAUGACCCUUCUUUGUAGGGAGUGUGUUCCAGAACCUGAUUAUCUUGGUUGCCCUUGUCCACCUCUACAAUAUCCUUUUUGAGAUGUGGCAACCACGAAUCUGCAUAGUAUUCCAAGUACGAAUAUACCAUGGAUUUGUGUAACACCAUGAUUAGGAGAAGAAGAAGAGCCCUGUUGGAUCAGAUCAAAGUCCCAUCUAUUCUAGCAACCUGAUUCCUACAGAUGCCUAUGGGAAGUCCACAAGCAGGGCAUGAGUGCAGUAGCAUUCUCCAUCAACUGAGUAUCAUACUGCCUCUGAUACUGGAGGUAUUACAUAGCCAUCAUGACUAGUAGCCAUUGAUAGCUUUUUUCCUCCAUGAAUUUGUCUAAUUCCUCUUUAAAGCUGUCCAAGUUGGCAGCCAUGAUUCUAUAGUUUAUAUAGUUUAUACUGUGAAAAAAGUACUUUCACCUAUCCUGAAUUCCCCAACUUUAAUCUUGAUUGUAUGAUUCCAGGUUCUAGUUAUAAGAGGGAGAAAAACAUCUCUGAUACCAACAGUUGUAUUUUUUAAAAUUUGUUUCCUAAUCCUCACAAGGAAUUGACUUUUUUCCUUGCUGUGUAUUACUAGCUUCAUGUUUUCAUUGGGCUGUUAGCUAAGACCUCUCUUUCCUAAUGGAUUACCACCAGUUCAGGAUCACUUUGUGAAGCUAAGAAUUUUGGUCCCAAUGUGCAUAACUUUACUAACAUUUGUCUACAUUUGCCAUUUUGUUGCCUGUUCACCUAAUUUGGAGACAUUCUUUUGGAACAAUGCUAUAAUCUUAAGGAGUUAAGGCCUGGUUCUGCCACAUUUUACAGUCUUGUUAUUCAUCAUACCUGGAGGCUGUCAGUAACCAUUUGGUCCAUUAGGAAGGUGGCCUGGUAGCGUCUGUACAGAAGCUUCAGCCUAUUUAGGGAAAUGUGUAUGCUUAUAAUAACCACACUUACUUUGCCAGUAUCUUCAGGUUUCAUUUGUUUUAAAAAAUGAUCUGUUUAAAAUACCGGCUGUAUAAUCUACUAAGGAGUGUGUUCUAUGUGAAUCCCAUUGAAAUUGAAUGGGGACUGUGCAAGAAGACAGUGCUCCUGCACAGCUCCCAUUCAUUUCAAAGGAGUUUGCGCAAGUUCAGCAUUAGCUCUCUUAAGACUCUUAAGCACGUGUGCACAUUUCAACAACCACUCUACUUUUACUUGAAAAGAAAUAUAAACUAUUUUGUGUUUUCACUUCAGUUACAACCUGAAAAAUGGAGUGCUAUUUUGACAACUUUUCUAAUGUACUUAAGUCUGGGAAUAUUUUUGUGCUUCUACUCCUGGACAUUAAAUGUUGUAUCUUUU